ACCAAACUCCUUUCUCUGUUUUCUGUAUUCUUCUGAAACAGAAGAAAACGAAGAGACAGACACAAAUAGUGGAAUGACGCAGACAGAGCCACCGUCUUCUCCAAGUUUCGGAGCUCACUCCUCCGACUCUUUUCCUCACAUCGCUACUAGAGUCGUCCACGAACUCCGCAGCGACAUCGAUGACACUCUUUGCAAACAAAACGACGACGUUGACCUGGUGGAUGACUUCGAAUUCUCUUUCGGUCACACGGACUCCUCCCCUGUCUCCGCCGACGACAUUUUCUGCAAUGGCCAAAUCAGACCUUUCUACGCUCCGUUGCACCGUGACGCUGCGUCUCACUCUUCCGUUACGUCCAUUCCCGUCAAAACCACAAGUCGUCCGCGUGUGCCUUUGAAGACGCUGAUGCUGGAAGAGCGAGAGACUGUGGGCGGAAACAAUGAUCUCGAAGGCGUGGCUGAAGGAACAUACUGUGUGUGGACCCCACCCUGCAAGAAGACAACCGCAUCAGCUAAGCGGUGGAGGUUUCGGGACCUUGUGCGUAGGAGUCACACCGGUGGUCAGAAGGACUCGCUUCUUUUUGUGGGUCCGUCUAAAAGGACCAGCAAGGUAGUGCCUAAGCAUGCCUCCACCCAAAACAAUGGUGGCGCCGCCGCAAAGCUGGUCGGGUUUUUCACUAACGCCAAUGGACCUUGUCGGAAUAAUUUUCAACCAUUCUCAAGUUAGUACAGAUUGAAGUGGGUGACAUGUUUUCUUUUGGUAACUUUGUACUUAGUCUGGUCAAUAAUUAAUCUAGUUUAUUGUUACAGGAAAAAAA